GUGUGUAGAAGACUGGCCUGAAGACAGUCCUGAGCUCAACCCCGACUUUAAACCAUCUGGAAAAUUUAAACUAAGAAGGGAGUCGCUGAAGGUGAAGCUGGAUUCUGAUGGAGGAAGUAGUGAGGAUCCAGAUAUCUCUGGAGGUCACGCGAAGAAAAAAAACAGGAAGUUGCGAAGGUCACUGCUGUCCAUUAGAAGAGCAAAGGACAAGUUUCCUGAUGACACCAUGGAUGAUGGGAAAUCACCAAAGGAUGUUUCAGGUUCACCCACAGGAGAAAACGAGGACGGUUUUAACAGCAAUGUGGACUUCAAAAAAAAAUAUCCUACCAAGUCCAAAGUGAAUAACUUGUUUCGAAGAGCGUCCACUGCUUCCACUGGGAUUAAAGGAAAACACAUGAACGGACAUUUACCUCAAGAAUUAAAGAACCGUGAUGCUGAUGAGAUGAACAUCAAGAAGAACAGAGUUCAUCGGCGAUAUUCUGAGAGGAUAACGCUGGACCACAACUACAUUGAAGAAGAAGAAGAAGAAGAAGAGGAGGAGGGAGGGGAGCUCGCGAAUAAAGAGAAGAAGAAAGGCAAAGUGAAAGUCAAGUUUGUGCCACAAAGAGGCUUUGCCAUCACUACGGAGAAGGCUGAGGAUGAACCUAAAGGAGCUCAUGGAUACACGCCUCGCAAAGGCUCCAAGGAAAAAUCACUUGAAGACCUUGGUGCGCAUGGCUUCACGCCUCGUGACAAGACUAAGUAUUUGAAUGAAGAUGAGAUGGAAUACAUAAAUGUUGAACUGGCUUCGAAGGAAGCUUUCAUGGAUUUAAUGGAGGACGAUGUGCAGAAACCACACAGCUACUCCCCAGGACUAAAUGGAAACACUGAUGGAACCCUAAAAAAGAAACAUAAAAAUGCAAAGAUCAAACUUCCAUCUGCCGGUCAUCGAAGUUCAAAGGAGAACGUGCCGGAGGACGGCAGCGUGCAGAAAAAAAAGGGCAGCGUUUCAGCCGAAGAGCUGGACGAUGACGACUUCUAUGGGACGGAGGACUGUAAACCGAAACAUUCCAAACACAAGAUUUCCGCUCCUGUACCACGCAAAUCCAGAACAUCUAACAAACUGAAAGAGGGAGGCUCUGCUGAGGACAUGAGCGGCAUGAAGGGUCCUGAUGAGGCGUACGAUGAAGAGCAAGAUGAACCGGACUUCUACAAACCGAAAAAGCAGUUUAAGUUGAAAGUUCCCAAAAAGUUCAAGCACAAGGUGAGUCUGGACAACUUCAUCUUGAUAUUAGUUCUUUGA